UUUGAGGAGACAACGUGCAUAGGCAUAAGUCACCAAAAGUCUUUAAUAAUAAUAUUGUUAAAGAAGAAAGUAAACUUAAAGGAAAAAAUUGGUAUAAAUCUCAAGUAAACUACACAAUAACAUGAAAUUGGAACUUAAUAGAGUUGAGCAAUAAAAAUGUCUUACGAGAUGGAGAAGUGCACGGAAGGCGAGAUCGGAUCGUAUGCGGUAUCGGCAAUUCCAUCAAAGGAUGCGAAUAUGAGGCUAAAGAAGCUGAUGAAAGGCCUAAGAUCUAAGUUUGGUGGGCCCAAAUUCGAUCCUCAUCUUACUAUAGUGGGACCCUUAAGCUUAACGCGUGAAGAUGCUCUUCUUAAAUUCAAAGAAGCAUGCCAAGGGUUAAAGGCUUAUCCUGCUCAAGCUAAGGCCGUCUCUGCUGGGAACUCUUUCUGGCAGACUGUUUAUGUCCUCCUUGAGCCCACUCCUCAGGUGGUCCAAAUAAGCGAUCAUUUUGAUGCACAUUUUGGUAAUGACCGUUCCACACCUUACAUGCCACACAUAAGCCUUCUAUAUGCGCACUUGACAGAAGAAGAAAAGCAAGAAGCCGUGGAGGAAGUUAAAGAACUGGAUGACACCAUUAACACCAUGAGCUUUACGAUAGAUGGCCUAGAAUUAGACAAAUUAACUCUUGGUGAUGAGACUCUUAAAUCAUGGGUAAAGGUAGCUGAGUAUAAGCUUGAUACACUUUAUUAGACUCUUUUUCCGAUCUUGAUAUGUACUUCAUUUGCAAAGACGAUGGAAUAGGCUUGCCACAUGUUGAUUGAUGUUGCUACAAGGAGGAUUACUGGUGUACGCUGUAAUCUGUACUUUAUGGUGUUCAAUAAAAGCUUUUCAUGCUGUUGUUAGUUGGUGUUCUUAGUAAAGAAUUAUAGACCAUUUGGUAUAAACUUUGUUUAUGGGCAAUGUUAAUUAUUAUGCA